GAGGGUUUUGGUCGGGGGCAGGGAAACAACGAUUCAAAACAAAUCUGCAUAGGACAGAGACAGACUGGACGAAAAAGUUCAAAAGACUUGCAGCACAGUGAGUUUGAAGCAGCAUUUGGGCAGAUCAGGUAGCAGUAAUUGUUGAGUGAAAGACAAGACGAGGAAGAACUUACUGAAAAAGAUAAGCAUAGUGCACUAAGAAAAGGAGGAUUGCAGAAAGAGGUAUUCUUGCUGGUAUUGAGGUGGCCUUUGUUUCCACUGCCCAGUCUGCUGUGGUCUGUACGGCCGGCAGAUUGCAGGAAAGCGUCGACAGCACUGACAGAACCAUGAGGACUAAAGCUCAGGUUCCUGAAGAGAAUACUAGACCCUUAAACCCACCUCAACCAGUUCCUCAGCCCGGAAAACACAGAAGACUCAUGACGACCCCAAAAACUCAGAAGAAGAGUCCAAACAAGAAAAAGAUCAUCAUUACGGUCUUGAUUGUGGUGGUGAUACUGGCCAUUCUGGCAGUGGCUGCUUUCUUUAUCAAGCAGUUGAUCGAAAGCAAAUAUUAUUUUUGCUCCAAGUCGGUUAAGUUUAUUCCGCUGGAGAAGGCCUGUGAUGGGAAGGAGGACUGCAUGGGAGCCGAGGAUGAGUCAUCCUGCGUAAUGAAGUUCGGAGCCAACUCUACCUUCCCCUUACGGCUGAUCUCAACCCAAAAUGUGCUUCAGGUAUUCAACUCCGAUGAGAAUAAAUGGAAAAGUGUAUGUGCAGAAGGUUUCACCCAACAACAUGCAGAGACCGCGUGUCAACAGCUGGGGUAUUCAGCUAAACCAUCUUUCAGCACAGUUCCAGUGGGUCCUUUGCCCUCUGAUCUAAAGAUGUCUUUCUGUAUGGUGGGCUCAUCUAAACCCCAGACUUUCCAGUCCGCUGUAUCAGAUCGUAAGGUGUGCAGUCAGGGAACAGUCGUUACGUUAAAAUGCUCAGAAGACUGUGGUGUGUCCAGAAACCAGGAACGGAUUGUAGGUGGACAGGACGCUAUCGUUGAGAACUGGCCCUGGCAAGUCAGCUUGCAGAACAGCGGCCAGCACACCUGUGGAGGGUCACUGGUGUCUCCAAACUGGGUGGUCACUGCGGCCCACUGCUUCAAUGGGGACGGCAAGAAGGCACUGAUCAGAUGGACUGUAGUCUCUGGAAACACAUAUUUGAGCUCGUCUGGAGCUUCUUCUGUGGACAAGGUCAUCGUCAACAAAGAUUACAGCCCAGCACGGAACGACUAUGACAUUGCCAUGAUAAGACUCAAGUCUCCCAUCACUGUGGGAGAAUCCCGUAGGCCGGUGUGCCUGCCACCUCAAGAUCUUGGCCUCAAAGAAGGAGACAACCUAGUUGUAACCGGCUGGGGCCAUACGUUGGAAAAAGGGAAUUUGUCUCCAAAGUUACAAAAGGCACAAAUCCCGCUGAUAGACAGAGCCCAGUGCUCAAGUCCCUCAGUGUACGGCCCUUCUGUCACUCUCAGGAUGAUCUGUGCAGGUUAUCUGCAGGGAAAAGUAGAUGCGUGCCAGGGCGAUAGCGGCGGUCCUUUAGUGUAUUCAUCUGAACGCUGGAUGUUGGUGGGUGUGGUGAGCUGGGGUGUGGGUUGUGCCAGAGAAAGUCGUCCUGGUGUCUACACCAAUAUGGACCAGAUGCUUGACUGGGUCCAUUCAGUUAUGAAGGAGUUUCCGUGAGUCUGGGACGGAGAACAGGAGAACCAGCAAACCCAUAGUACGAAUUCAUGAAGGCUUCUGUGCACAAAAAGAGGAUAUAGUACUGAAGAUAUAUUGAGUUACACAAAUUUGUGUAGGAGUCGCUAUGGGAGUUUUUGGUCUGCAUACUCAGGGUCUUAAAGGUGCCACAAGAAAGAUUUUGCACAUUGAAAUAUAUAUUGUAUGUAUAAUGAGAAGUGAAUGUCGACCACUUUUUUGGGAUGUAGCAAUGCAAUCUUAAAGGAACAGUUCAUUCAAAAAUGACAAUUUACUCACCAUCAUGUCGUUCCAAACCUUUAGUAAUUUCUUUCUUCUUUGGAACGCAAAAGGAGACGUUUUGAAGAUGGUGAAAAUCAUCAUGAGGGUGAAUUUUUUUGAUGAGCUGUCUCUUUAAUUCAAAAUGACAACAAAUGCACUUUGAGGCAGCAGCCACAAGAGGGUGCUAUUUUUUUUUUUUCUCUCUUCUCAAGAUGUCUGUACUUUUACUGUUGGAGGUCUAAUGAGUUUUAUUUUAUUGUUGGAGGUCUGAGGACUUUUAUACCGGGUGCCAUGUUAUAAUCUUGAAUUAAAACCAGUACUCAUUUAUUAUGCCAAAAUACUAUUUGUGCCUUUAAAAUGUUUAACCUUAAUCUUAAUGGACAUGUAAUAUUAGAAAUGGAAUGACAAGUUAUGGCAUCAUUUAUAGAGGCCAACUCAUUUUGUAGAGACUAGGAUUAAGUGCUCAAAAGAAGAGUGACACCUAUAUUUAACUUCUGUGUGUACGUGGACGUCGCACAUUUCCCUUUGUGGGUUAGUAUUCAAUUCUUUUGACUUUUGAUGUGUUCAGAAAAAAUGUGCUCAUUUAAACUGCACCCAAAGCUAAAAUUAUGUCAUUCAAACUUGUUUUUCACUUGCUGUUAACUUAUGGAUGUUGGUUGUUUUAUUUUAUUUAGGGUGGAAUCAUGUAAUUAGGACUGUUGAGAGUCAUCUCAGUGUCAAAAUGUAGCCUGUUUUACAUGAAUUCACCCUACUUGUGAAAGUAAAGGAUAUUUCUUUGUAAAUAUUGUACAGUUUUGUGUUUGUAAUGUCAAAUUUAGUAUAAUAAAGUUAAUUGUGGUCAACAGCUUUGAAGAA